AUGUUCAGCUUGGUCCUACUAUCAGUUGUGAGCAUUGGUUUCUGUGCUAAGCUGCCACCAUUUCCACCAUCAAAGGGUGCCACUUAUUUGCCCCCAGGACACGGUUCAGGGGUUUUUGGCUCUGGAUCACCUGGUUCAGAAGGUAGUAAUCGGCCACAAGCAGCUGCUGAUAGGAGUGCAGCCAUUUUGAAACUCGACCAAGAUGUAGGCGAACAAGGUUUUCGGUAUUCCUUUGAAACCUCUAAUGGAAUUCAAGCUGAAGAGGCUGGAGAUAUGUCGCAAAGUCAUGGUAGUUUCUCAUACAAGGGUGAUGAUGGUAACACGUACAGUGUGAGCUUUACUGCUGGCGAAGGUGGCUUUCAGCCCCAGGGUGCCCACCUGCCAGUGCCACCACCAACUCCACAAGAGAUCCUCUUAGCAUUGGAGCAGAAUGCCAGAGAUGAGGCGGCUGGGAUCUUUGACGAUGGACAGUACCGUGCUGAGAGCUCAGGUUCAUAUGGAAAACAAGGCGGCUUUGGUUCUGGAAACAGACAGGGCAAUUUUAAACCUAACUCUGGUUACUCAUACUAG